AUCAGCCGGCUGGCGUUGCGCGGUGCAGCGGAGUCUGACAAACAGCGGGCGACGCGGCCAUGGGGCGCCUCUCUGGGCUUCCUCCGCUCCCGGCCGUCACUCUCCUCCUCCUUCUCCUGCUCUGCUGCGCCGCCUCAGCCGCCCUCGUGCUGUGCGGCCGGCGAGUGAAGAGCAACGAGAGACCCAUCAUAGGGAUAUUGUCGCAGGAAUGUCACUUCGAGAAGUUCCACACAUUUGGAAGUUCUUAUAUUGCAGCUUCAUAUGUGAAGUUUCUGGAAUCUGCUGGUGCCCGAGUUGUGCCCAUAAGGUUAAAUCUUUCAGAUGACGAAUAUGAUAAAAUAUUCCACUCUAUUAAUGGGGUACUUUUUCCAGGAGGUGGUGUGGAUCUUAAGACUUCAGAAUAUUCCAGGGUUGCUAAGAUAUUUUACCACAAGGCAUUAGAGGCUAACGAUAAAGGAGAUUAUUUCCCAAUAUGGGGAACAUGUCUUGGACAUGAAGAGCUUACGUAUCUCACAAGUGGCGAAGUUUUGCUUGUUAAUACCAACACAGAUGGAUUUGCUCUCCCUCUGAACUUUACCUCAGCUGCAAAAGAGAGUAGAUUAUUCAAGAAUUUCCCUGAUGAUGUAUUACAUGCAUUUGCUACUGAGCCAUUGACAUCAAACUUUCAUGUGUGGAGCCUCUCCAUGGAGAAUUUCACAAAGAAUGAAAAGCUUCAUAAUUUCUAUAAUGUUCUGACCACUAACACCGAUGAUGGAGUGGAGUUCAUAUCUACCAUGGAAGCAUACAAAUAUCCAAUUUAUGGUGUCCAGUGGCAUCCAGAGAAAAAUCCUUUUGAGUGGAAAAAUUCACCAGGCAUUCCACAUUCCCCGUCAGCUGUAAGAGCAGCAUAUUAUAUAGCUGACUUCUUCAUUAAUGAAGCCCGGAAGAGCCUGCACUGUUACCCCAGUGAAGAGGAGGAAACAAAAGAAUUGAUUUAUAAUUACACUCCAUUUUAUACAGGAACAUUUUCUGCAUUUCAGCAAACCUAUUUUUUUGAUUGAGUGUUGUGUCAAAGGUGCAGUGUGACUAUUUAUAAGUGGAAUUAUUUGCCAGCAUUUUGUAAUUAAGCUGCUAUAGUUCAUUGCACGUGACAGAAAGCCAGUACAAUCCUCUUCCUUUACGAUGAUUUUUUUUUUCUAUUUCUUCUGCAUGGUUGGACCAUUAAUAUAAACAUUUACAUUCAAUAACAUAGUAAUUGUCCUGCAUCACACUUUAAGGGAAGCUACAGAAAAAUGUGUUUUUCUUCUAGAUUAGAGGUCUUGAUUAGUCUUAUAAACUUGGAAGUAAUCAAGUUAUUACAAGGAAAACUACUGUAUUAAUAUAUUUUAAAAAAUGUCUUUGUAAAUAUCUUUAUAAAGUAUCUUUGUAAAAUGUUGUGGACUAUGAUAGCACUAAAGGUUAAGAUACACUGCUUAUUGAAAUUCUAUGCUUUUAAAAUGAUUUAACGAAUGAGACUUCUCAUCAUGGGUUUGUUAUAAAUAUAUGUAUGCAGCUGAUUUCUUGACCGGAACUAUUUUGUCAUUUGAAAAAUUGACUGAAAUAGUUGGAGGCUUGGUAGCAAAGAGACAUUUUUGCCUAAUAAGCAUAUAUAUUAUCCCAUUUGUGAAGCUGUUUCUCUUGUACAUUCCACAUUGUUUGGGUGCUUAUACCUUGUGACAUCUACAUAAAUAUGAGGAUGCCUUGUAAACCAGGCAUUGCAAAUAUCAGGUAAAAUAAGUUUGGAGGGCAUAGGUAAAUACUGAUUCUACUUUCUGUUCUUUUCAAAUUCAGUUUUAUAUAUUCUCCAAGAAUUUGUCUGAGAGUAAUUGGAGUCAGCAGACAGAUAUGAGAUACAAACGUCCAUUUCUUUGUAUAUAAAGGAAUGUAAAUGUAAUUUUAUCUUUACAUAGUCUAACGUUUCCUGUAGCUACUGGAUAGAAUUCUCACUGUGAGUCAAGAGGUGAUUUGCAAUUAACAUUGUAAAGGCAGUAUUUUCUGUUCAAUGCAACUAGAAUUCAAACAGCAGGUGAAUGUAUGUGAGAAACCUAUUAAUGUUGACAUAAUGUGAUAACAACAGCAGUUGCAUUCAAUACACUGUGAUAUAUUUUCUGUUGUUGUUUUGCUGCACACAGUGAAAAUUUUGUUCAGUGGUUUUGUGUGCUAUCCAAAAAGAAGUAAGAUAAGACAAUCAAAUAUAACUCUCCUCUGUUGCACAGCUUCCAAACUCUGUUAACAUCAACGGGGAUUUGGAGUUUAUGAAGAAUUCAGCUUUGUACCUUAGCUCAGUUUUGUAGUACUUUUUAUGUUCAGGUAUCAUAUUUCUCAGGUUUCUCAAGUAAAGGACUCUAACUUGUUCUUUUAUCAUGAAACAGCUGCAUAAGAUAAUGUGAAAUGCAUUAGUUAAAAAACUAUAAGGAAAUACUAACUGUGACUACCAGAAAGACACUGCCAGGUUAGUUACGAGCAUAAACAUGUAAUAUUGCAGAUUAUUUCUACCUUUGUCAGAUCAGCCAAAUUCAGUAAAGGAAACAUUUGGGGUUUUUUUUUGUAACAUAGGUGACUUUAUUAACUGUAUUAGCUGACUCUUGACUAGGAGUAAGAGUAAAAAGAGAAUUACACUCCACAGUUGCAUGUAAAUGUAGCUAAGAUACUUACAAACCAAGUCCAGUCUUCACCCUAAGUUCUUUGGAGUAGCUCUAAGAAUUUGUCUGAGUAAGGACGGCAGGAUUUAGCCUUCAAAACAGGGAUCAGUCCUGCAAGUGAAAUAUCUGCUAACUGCAAUGGUAGUAAUUAGGUCCUAAGUGUGUAACUAUAAGGAAUAUUAUGUGUAAUAUGAGAGAGCAGUGUGUUGGUUAUGAAUUUGUACGUGUCUUUCCUUUGUAUUCUUUGUCUUGUAAAGCCUUAUUUGAAUGGUAUCAAUGAUUUUUCUAUGAU